AUGAAGUCUCUGGAUUUGUGCGUGGAUUUCAGCGACAUUGUUACUGUUCAAAAGGGAAGUGGCAGACGAUGGACGCCUGAAAGAGAUCUCGAUCAAUUACACAACUUGAAGCAUGACGAAUCCGAGACGAUUCGUGUAGCUGGAAAAAACCCGUUUCUAUGGCAUGAUCAUUGGCCUGUGAAAGAUUAUGCGCAGGUGUUUGAAUGCUUAGUUUUAGUAGAAGAAUUCUCAAACGAAGCUGAUAAAGUUGUAGCCAAGAUAAGAGAAUUCGGCUCCAAAUCCAAAUCCAAAUCAAAAUCAAAUAUCGAUUCUCCAUAUGUAGCAGUUCAUAUGAGGAUUGAAAAAGAUUGGAUGAUACACUGCAAGAAGCUAGAACAAAGAUCAAAUGUAUCAGAGAUUUGUAGUAGUAAAAACGAGAUCACAAGUCGGGUAUCCAACAUCCCGGGUCUAAAAACACCAACGGUUCUUUACCUUGCUGUAGCUGAUGCACUUCUUGAAGACAGGUCGAUUUUGAACGGGUGGGGCCCCGGGUUGCACCCGGUUGAGAAGAAGAAACUGGGUGUUGUAGAGAUUUACAAGAAUCAUCCGUAUUUGAUUCAAUCUGCUAUCGAUUAUGAAGUUUGUUUGAGGGCAGAUGUGUUUGUAGGGAACAGUUAUUCGACAUUUUCGAGUUUAGUUGUUCUUGAAAGGAGUCGGAAGAUGGUGAAAAUGGGUGUUAAAAGAGGAUGUGGGAUUGGGAUGAAUGUUAAAUGGCCAUCUUUUGCUUAUAAUUUGAAAGGGGAGUUUGGAGGUCCGAGGCCAUGGAUGACUGAUUUUUUGGAUUCAAGUUUACAGGCAAUUAGUUAUGGGUCUAAUAAUAUUUCAUGUUGA